AUGGAGUUUGUGGAGAGCAGAGAAGAGGAAUUCGGAGACGGAAAACUGUGACAUGAGUUCGAAAAUGUUGAUGACAUGAGCUAUGGCUACAAGUCUGAUUAUUAUUUUAACUCAUAUGCUCAUUUUGGAAUCCAUGAAGAUAUGAUCAAAGAUGAUGUAAGGACUGGAACAUACAGAAAAGCCAUCAUCCGGAAUCCUUAUCUCUUUAGAGGAAAAACUGUCCUUGAUGUAGGCUGUGGCACAGGCAUUUUGAGCUACUUCGCAAUGAGAGCUGGAGCGAGUCAUGUGUAUGCAGUGGAUUGCGCUGAUAUCAUUGAUUACGCAAGAAAAAUUGCUGAAGACAACGGCUUUGCUGAUAAAAUCACUUAUAUAAAAGGAAAAGUUGAAGAAAUUGAGCUGCCAGUACAAAAAGUUGAUAUUAUCAUUUCUGAAUGGAUGGGGUAUUUCUUGCUUUUUGAAAGCAUGCUUAACUCAGUUAUUUAUGCAAGAGAUAAAUGGCUGGCACCUAAUGGAUUGCUAUUCCCUGACAAGGCAAGAAUUUGGGUGGCUGCAAUUGAAGAUUCAAAAUACAAAGAGUCAAAAUUUGACUUUUGGAGCGAUGUGUAUGGAAUCAACAUGACACCGAUGAGAAGCCAUGCAAUUAGAGAGCCUUUAGUGGACACAGUUGAUGAAGAAAAAAUAAUCAGUACACAAGCACCAGUUUUUGAAAUAAAUCUUCAAUGUGUGACUCUAGAAGAGCUAACCUUUACUACCAGCUAUAGGCUCCAGAUAAAUAAAAAUGAUAUUUUGAGCGGCCUUGUGGCAUGGUUUGAGGUUGGGUUUUGCCACUCUCACAAAUGAAUUACACUUAAUACUUCUCCAAAACUCAAGAGCACCCAUUGGAAGCAGACAAUUUUCUACCUAAAUGAAUCGCACAAGGUAAAUCACAAUCAAAUAUUAUCAGGCUCGAUAUCUGUGAGGCCAAACCUCGUAAAUGUCAGGGAGCUUGACAUAAAAAUUUCUUAUAAUUUGGAUGGAUUUAGCCCACUUCGAACUUGGCAAUUUUAUCAACUAAGAUAA